UUGACAGCAUAAUGCGCGCUCUCGUGUUCCCCGGAUGCGUGUUUACUCAGUCUCCUCUCUCUCCACCCUUGAAAUGAGAGAGGUACGGAGUGGAAGGGACAUCGUUUCGCAAGAAAUCCUUCACGAAAGUAAAGCCAAGAUCGAGAACUUACAACAGACGGGUGCGAAGCACGAGGAGGCGAGCCUUUGAUGCGCGAGGAGAAAUCGAUUCCACACCAAGGUUAAUUAUCUCUGGAAACACAACUCAAGACACGGAGAAAUCACGAACCUGUGAGGAUGGAGCAGGCAUACGGGGCAGGCAAGGCUGGCGGAACCUUCGACCCGCUUACCUUCUUUCAGCAGCCGCAGACUAUUCUUCGCAUGGUGUCAUGGAUCUUUUCCAUUGUCAUUUUUGGAUGUAUUGCCAAUGAGGGCUACACGAACCGUCCAGAUGAUGAGCAGGAGUUCUGUAUCUUCAACAGGAACCAGAACGCCUGUAACUAUGGCGUGGGGAUGGGUGCACUGGCUUUUCUCUGUUGCGCUGCUUUUCUGGCUCUGGAUGUGUACUUUCCACAGAUAAGCAGCGUCAAAGAUCGUAAGAAAGCUGUGCUGGCUGAUAUUGGUGCUUCAGCAUUCUGGUCUUUUAUGUGGUUUGUGGGAUUCUGUUUCCUGGCCAAUCAGUGGCAGGUGGCCAAACCAGAAGAUAACCCCCUGAAUGAGGGCGGAGACGCAGCCCGAGCCGCCAUAACCUUCUCCUUCUUCUCCAUAUUCACUUGGGCCGGUCAAGCUUUCUUAGGAUAUCAGAGGUACAAGCUAGGUUCAAGCUCCUCCCUCUUCUCUCAGGACUAUACUGAUCCAAGCCAGGAUCCAGCAGCAGCGCCCUCUACAGACUCGGAAAACACCGGAUACAACGCUGAUAUAGAGGCCAGUUAUGACGGCACUGGUGGUGGGUACCAGACCCAAGACUACUGAUGUGGGAUGUAAGGAUGUACGCAACAGCCUUAACAAGCAUAGGCUGGUAGGGUUACACUGGGAAACAGGAACAUUUGGGGUGACGAGGAUGAACAUGAACAUUGGGACUCAUUUUUGGGAAUUGGGUGGUUGAGGGAAUGAGAAAAUCAGGGGUUUGGUUGGUGCUAAUAACCCCUUUAUACUGAGUUUGGUGUAGGUAUUGCUAUUUUUGUCACAGGGCUUGAUUUAAAGUCUUCAAUUAGGCUUAAUUUCCAAAAACACUCAAAUGUUUGCCCAUAGCAUUAGGGUUAAGACAUUAGGAACAAUUAUUUAUUGGUUAAUAGAUAUAGAAAGUAUAUAGAAAAUUUAACUUAUUGAUUCGUUAGUUUCACAAACUUUCCAAAUUUGAGAUCUUUAGCAGACUACCAUCAACGACUACCAUUUCCAGUGUGGUCAAAGACACUAACUUGGUACUAAUAAUACCUGUAACAAAACUAAAUGCUUUGUAAGACCACAGUGUCUUUUUGUUGGUGAAGUUUCUUUAUUUAACUAUUGACCUCUAAUGGAACAGAUCGCUCUACUCAUGAAUAGCUCUUUGCUGCCAUAUUGUCAUACACCAAGAAUCCUAGAAGAUAUUUUAAAAACUGAUCAGAUUGAAAAAAUCUGUGUACAAUAUACCAUGAUAUAUGGUCUGUAAUCCAAAAUAUUAUGUAAUACAUAAAGUGAAAGUAAAAAAGUGACUCUUAGCCUAGCGAAGGUGAAUGUGGAGUGAGUUUAUAACAUUUAAUUUAGUGCUAAUAACAACAUGAAUCCAGCUACUAUUCUUACUCCACAGUGAAGCCUCAAAUAGAUGUUUUUGCUUGGAAGAACAGACAUACUUAUCAUUUACAUCUAUGAAUUGUCAAAUUAUUAUAAUAAUCUAUAAUUUACAAAACUUUGUCAUUAUGGAUGUUAAAAGGUUCCCUUGUGGUAAGUUUUUCAUAAUUGUCUUGAGAGAAUACAUUUAAUGCUGUUUUUAACAUAACAACUCUUAAAUCAGCAGGGUUUUACUUUACAAAUAAGUCCACAGGGUGUUUUUAAGUUACAGUAAAUGUAUCUGAAUAUAUGAAACCAGCAUAUUUUUAUUUACAAAGAUGUAAUAUAAUCAAGUACAUAAACAUUUAUUACCAAAGUAAUUGUCAGAGAUGAUCUACGUUAACAAAAAAAUAAUUCUUUAUAUUGAAUUAUAUAUUAUUAUAAAGUGUAGAAGUUCAUUUUUCUCUUUAGAAAGUUAUAUUGUUUUCUGAAUCAGGAAACCUUUUUAUCUCUUGUUGAAAGAAAAGCUAUAAUACAAUCGGCAUAUUAGCCCAUAGAUGAUGUGUUAUAUACUGUACAUGUGCAUUUGUGGAGCUGGAGUUACAAAACAGUGCAAAGUUGAUGUGAAUUAACUGAAUCAGGUUAAAAUAGCUGUGUGUGUGUUUUGUUCUGUCUUACAUGUUGCUUGUCUGGUAAGAUGUCUGAUAUAACUUAUAAUAAAAACAUUGAUGGUCUUA